AUGGUCGGAGUCACAAAUGGCAACAAGCCUAGCAAGGUUCUCAAAGUCGGAGUCAUCGGUCUGGGAGAGCUUGCGCAGGUGUCUCACAUUCUUGUGCUAAACAGUCUGUCCACUCACUUUGAGAUCAGUUACAUCUGCGAUGUUUCUCAGCAAGCCCUUGAUCUCUGCGCGAAAAAAGUCGCUGGCAGUUCACUCAAGACCACGUUAAAUGCUGAAGAUCUGAUUACGUCUUCUGACACGGACGUCGUGGUCAUCUGCAACGUCAACGCAUUUCAUCCUUCACAAGCGAUCCUAGCUCUUCAGCACAAUAAGUACGUUUUCGUGGAGAAGCCUCUAGCACUGAACUACCGCGAUCUUGAUGCCAUCAUCGCUGCGGAGCAAACAUCGGAGGCGAAAGUCUUCGUAGGAUACCAGAGGCGAUAUGCUGAGUCUUUUCUUGAUGCUGUGAAGGAAGCGGGCGGGAUGAAAAAGAUUGACUAUAUUCGGGCCAGAGACAUCAUUGGGCAAAACAGCUCUUUCGUAGAUCAGUCUGGCACAUUUCCCAAGAAACACACCGACUAUCCGAAGCAAGAUACCGCGGAGAUGAAGUCUACCGAAGAAGAGAUGGUCAAAACAGCGCUCAUUGACGAAUUCGGAGUUGAGGCAACGCCAGAGUCAAUGACGAUGUUCAGGUUGUUCACAGGACUCGGUGUUCAUGACUUCUCUGCCUUGCGCGAGAUGGUCGGCAUGCCCUCGCGAGUCGUGGGUGCCUCCCUUGGCCUGCCAAUUUUGAACGUGUUGUUCCAAUACGAAGGCUUUCCCGUCAUGUACGAAUCCGGCAUCAUCGACGUGCCGAGGUUCGAUGCUCACCUCGAGAUCUACUCCCGGGAGAAGAUUGUGCGCGUCGACUACGAUACCCCGUACGUUAAGGGGCUUCCUGUCACUAUGACCAUCAGGGAGAAAAUCGAGACUGCCAAAGGCGAUGGUUACCAAGAGAGAAUAAUUAGGAAGACCUAUGAGGACCCCUUCACUCUCGAGUUCUUAGACUUCUAUAUUUGUGCGACGAAGAAGACUAGCCCGAAAACUUCGGCUGUGGAUGCGCGGGAAGAUUUGGACUUGAUCAAGAUGAUCAUGCAGAAUGUCUAUUAG